AUGUUUUUGUGCAUCUCCUGCCCUGCAGCGAUGGCCAUGCGACGCCGCAAAGGAAGUUUGCCAUUGUUUUGCGUGAUUUGUGCAGCAGCUUGUUUCUGCUUGGCGCCGACAGACUUCAUCCUGUUGCCACAGGCAUCCACAGUCAGUGGCACAGCGAAUCACGGUGGAGGAAACCAGUUCAUUGGACGCAGUGCUGCAAUGCCAGUGAGUUGCGGGAGGCGGCUCAGCGCGCCACCGACCAAACUGAAAGCGUUGCCGCAGCUUCGAGCUGUGAUACAAUGGGCAAUGCAUGCUCAGUCCAACAAGACAGUUGACAUUCGCGACAUACGAGACUUUUCCCUGGCUCUUGCAGGCUUUGUGGUGUCUGCUGCAGGCUUUGUGGUCUCGUACGCCUCCUCGGACUUUCGCAUGAAGCGUUUGGCCGUAAAGAAGUUCAUGGCGCUCUAUCGGCCGCCAAGGCCGAAGAGCAAAGUUGUUCACCGCGAGACCAUGACAGCCAUCAAGAACCGCGUUCAGAACUGGAAGCAGGAGGAGCAUGCGACCAUCGUGAGUGGCCGCUACAAAUGCGGGAAGACAGUGGCCGUGCAAGAGGCCUUGCGCGGUGUGCGCGGAGUGUGGGGCUUCACGAUCGAGGUGGAAGAUUGGAAGCCCGUCCUGUACCAAGAGCUUGGCGUGAAGGACUCCAACAUGUUUCGUGAGGUGCUUCGUUGUGUCCGCACCAAGUUGCAGAAGAAGAAGUAUGCAAACAACCUGACUCAAUAUCCCAUCCUGCUUCUGGACAUUCCUCGAAGCGCCAAAGGAGGUAUGGACUUGGUCUCCACCGCGGCGAAGGACAUGUCGAGUGAUUCGAGCUACAAUGCACCGGCACAUGCUGUGGUGGUCGCCUCGUCUGCUGCCUCGGCUCAGGCGUUUGAUGCCGGCGGCCGCAGAUUCGACAUCUGGGUGGGCGACAUGACCCAGGGAGAGGCGACAGAGAUGCUCGAGAAGCACGAUCACAAGUCGGACGCGGCAGAAAUCAUUAACAAGUGCGGCCUCCGCGCUGGUGAUUUGGUGGAUGCAUGCAAUGAUCUGAAGAAGGGAGAUAGUCUGAGCGACAUCCAGACGCGUUUCCAAGAGAUGGCCGUCAAGGACGUGGUGAACUUCAUGAGUCUCACGCUUGAUGGAAAGCCGGUCGGCCGGCAGAUUUUGAAGGCGCUGCUUCAAAGCUCAGGCGCAGGCAUUAGGGCAGUCAUUAAUACUACUGCGUAUGAGCCGAGCGAGAUUGCGAAGCUCAUUCGCGAUAAGAAAGCACAUGCCAUCAUAUGGCAUCCUACAGAUAUGCUCUACAAGUUUGCUUCGAGCUUGCACGCGAAAAUCGCCAAAGACAAGAUGGCCCUGAUUGACAUGCCUGGUGAAAAAGAUGUCCUGAGCUUGCUUUCGUAUUGUGCUGCCUCAUGGUGCACUGAUGUGUUAUUUGAUGUACAAUUACGUGUUCCUUUUUGUUUCGUAUUUCCCUUGGAAUAUUUUGUAUUCUCCUUGGAAUACAUUUAUGUUGCGACAAGAAUGUAUUCUCAGGUGCACUUUGCACCAAAACAGUUCAAAAUAGAAUGCAGUAUAUCAGAAUUAUAUAAAGUCCGCACGCUGCACGUGCAAACCCCGCAUGCCGCACGUGCAAACCCCGCACGCCGCACGUACAAGCCCCGCACGCCGCACGUGCAAAGUCCGCACGCCGCACGUACAAGCCCCGCGCGCCGCACGUGCAAAGUCCGCACGCCGCGCGUGCAAAGUCUGCACACCGCACGUGCAGAGCCCGCGUAUCUGAUGAUUAGAAUAUAA